AUGACCCGAGAGCGAGGGCCCCGCCAUGAAUCCAAAACAUCACUGGUUUUAGUGGGGUACGGGUUUAGCAAACCUAAGGCUCCCGACCGGGGGUUCGGCGUAAGGAAUGUUCAAAAACUGGUCGACACUUGUGUUCAAUGCAUUCACUGUCAGACCUCUCACUACACCCGAUGUUGUGUUCACAUCAACACAAACACUUUACUACUGUAUGAUAUCGAGACAUCACAACAAGUGAGUGUAAUAGUGGUGUGCAUUGAGAGGUGUGUUUGCGAUGAGAGUAAUAGUGUUGUCGUGAAUACGAGUUCGGGUGGAGUGAGGGGACAGACACUGAAUGUUGUGAAUCACAAAAUCAAUCAAUUCUUGAAUAUACCUUAUGCUGAGCCCCCGGUGGGCCCACUCAGGUUCAGUNGUUCGGGUGGAGUGAGGGGACAGACACUGAAUGUUGUGAAUCACUUCAUCAAUCAAUUCUUGAAUAUACCUUAUGCUGAGCCCCCGGUGGGCCCACGAAGGUUCAGUCCACCACAACCACUCAAAACACCUAAAAAUGCAACUAUUGGCAAUUCCUGUAUCCAAUAUACGGAUCCAAUAAAUAAAAAUAUGUCACGAUUACCCCAAAGUGAAGAUUGCUUGGUAAUAAAUAUAUGGGCGCCAUAUAUAUUGAAUAAAAGUUCAGCAAAAUCACAGCUAAAACCUGUUAUGUAUUGGAUAUACGGCGGGGCACUUACUGUUGGAUCAGUAUUUCAAGAGCGAUAUAAUGGCAGUGUUUUGGCCACCAAUGAUGUGGUCAUUGUUUCCGUUAACUAUAGGGUCGGACCCUUAGGUUUCCUAUACGGUGGCGAUCAUACCAGUCCUGGAAAUGAACCGAAAAUACUGGUGAGAGAUAACAUCCAUGCAUUUGGUGGGGAUAGGGAUCAGAUCACUAUAUUUGGUCACAGCGCCGCGUCAACCAGGUAUAGCCAGGGGAUAGUUUCCCAGACAAAUUCUCCCGAUAAUACGUUUCGCCCCGGGAAUACAAAUUAUCCCUGUCUGGCCACAAGUCAUGACAACUCCCGGACCAAAAGGCUAAGGAUUUGGCGAAAAAACUAA